UCGAGUUUACAAACAAAUGGGACGUCGAUUGUGGUCGAUUUAACGCAGGACUUCAUUGCUUAAAAUGCGAAUUUCUGUAAUUUAGUCGCUAGAAGCUAAUCAUAUAACUGUCUGCAAUGUCUGGGUGUUACUAUUUCUAUAUUGUCUGCCACACAGACAGCCCAAUUUUCGAAAUGGAGUUCAUGCCGAGCGCUAAAGAACCAAAGAAGGAAGACCAUCGUCACCUAAUCGAAUUCAUCGCCAACGCUGCCCUCGACUUGGUGGAUGAGCACAUGUGGCGGACAAGCAACAUGUAUCUGAAGGCCGUGGACAAGUUCAACCAGUGGUUCGUGUCCGCUUUUGUCACCGCGAGCAAUAUUCGAUUCCUUGUGGUCCAUGACAACAAAAACGAGGACGGCAUUAAAAACUUCUUCAUGGAAAUGUACGAAACGUACAUCAAGUUCUCAAUGAAUCCUUUCUACAAGCAAAACACGCCCAUCAAAAGCAUCGCAUUUGAAAAGAAGGCUCAGUUUUAUGGCAGGAAAUUCCUCACAAACUAGAUAAUGAAUACGGUGCAAAAAUGGACACUACUUACUUACUUGUCAAGCUUAAGUUGGAAGUUGGAAAAUCCAAAUGAAUGAAAUGAAGCAGAUGCUUGGCUGUUGGAAGAUUUUGGGAGUUACUUUAGCCGGAACAAUAUUCAAUUGACUGUUGGUUAUUAUUAAUAGAAAGUAUGUCAUGAAAGAAAUUAAAAAUGUUAUCUUUUAUAAUUUUCAAAACAUAUAUUUGAAGAAAUUAUUUUUGAUCAAGCAGCACGUUUCUGAUAUAUGAACUAAAUAAUAUUUUAGUUGUGAUCUUUUAAUAUUGAAAACAUAAGAAUUGGUCUAGUAACACAAUUAAAGAGACCUUAUUAAUUACAAA